UGGACACCACUAUCCUAAGGGUAAUUGUAAAUGAAAACGACAUCUGGAAAAUGAAAAUCCCUGGGAAACCACAUUCAUUGGACGCACUGGUACAACAACUUGAGGACAAGCUGGGGAUUCCGCACAAGUUUACCCUUCAGUACGAGGACCCCGAUUUUAACAAUGCCCUUGUCAACCUCACUGACAUUUCCGACUUGCCUGAGAUGCCGACUUUAAAGAUAAUCUCCCUGGCAGCAACACCUACACUAAGCACAGCUGACGCAGAGAUUCUCUCUACGUCAUCUGGAGAACAAUCACCUCUUUCUCGCCAGUCUCCAUGGCCAGCCACCUUUGAAAUUCCUAACUUUGCCGUGGAUGUUGAGUACAGAUUACGUCAAGGCAACCUAAUAUACACGAGAGAUGAGACACAUCUACAAGUGCCCCACGACAUGAAGCACAAGAUUCUAGAGAAACUUGCUGAAACGAUGUAUAGCUUCAAAGCAUAUCCCCAUGAUGAAGAGUUCAGUGAUUUUGCAUCUACCCUGUUCAAAAAGCACCCAUGCCUUACUGAACCAGGCUCUUCUAAUGGAUUGAACGGCUGGAAAAAUAGCCUCAAGUUUAAAAUGGGUAAUUACCGCACCACACUGCGCAGAGCUGGAUGCACAGAUGUGGCCAUACAUACAGGGAAAAGGGGGAGUCAAGAGAUCUUGAGGAGCGUCAACAGACCUAAACGAUUUGAAAUCAAUUUUCUACCCAAUUUUCCCAUUGGGGAAGAUGAGAUCAGCACUGAGUCUAAACGGAAGGAGCUUGUGGAGGAGUUGAAAAAACACCACCCAAGUGCUACUUUGAUAUCCAACAACAUGGACACUACUUUUGCCUUGAGAAGAAAGGAGUUGGUACACUCGGAGCCUCCCGUGAAGGAGACAUUAGGAAGGUGGCCAGCACUCUUCACAGAGAGUCAGGUUCUCGCAGAGUUCAAUCGUAUCACAAGCAAAAAUCUGAAACAAGAAUUCUUCACUGCCCUUGAUAGACACACCCCUCGUUUCCUGGAAAUUUUCCAUUCAAAGGGUGGAACCAUUGGACAGAAGUUUCUCGACCAAAUCACAUCCCAGAACACAGACAUCAAGGCGAAGCGCACAGUUGUUCUCCGUGGCCUUCCAAUCGUCCUUGGAGAUGAACAAACAGACCUUUUCAAGAUAUGUUUUGACUGCGAUGACUAUGAUGUGUCCCCUCUGGAGAGAUGGAAAUCUAUACUCAAAAAUCGCAAGAUUCUAGAUAAAGUGUGUACACAUGCUUCACUUCUUACUUCUUACUACCAUAUAUAAACCACAACACCACAACAAUAAACAGGAAAUGUUGAUGUUGUGUCAAUGAUAUUGUAGGCACCAUGGUCUACAAAAGACAGUGAACUACAAAGCCCAUAUGUCUACCUCAGAGUGACUCACGUAACCACGCCCCCUACUACAGCUUUCCUGUAACAGUAUUGGCUUACUGUAAAUUCGGAAACGCGCUGCCUUCAAUAAAAACGGAGGUUGGCGUUGUUCCGCUGUCGUUCUCUUCUCUUCUCCACAUUCUUCCGCUCUCGCUUCCAUUGUUCUCUCCCUGGACUCGCCACCCAUCUCCCGUCAAUCUCCCGCGUGAGUCAACACCCCAGGAACAGUUCGCAAGGCCUGCAGCGGAGCCAUGUCCGAAUAACCUCGGUGGCUGUUGGCGGAACGAGGCGCUACGAAGCGCUAUUUUUAGAGGUGGUCGAAGAACUAGGAGAACCGCGCACGACCGACGCAUCCUGCAGAGCGAGUCCCAAGAAGCAAGCCACUAGCAGAGGAUCCGGUUGCCUGUUUUGGAACAGAAAUGAGCGACCAGCUUCCCCAUUCUACCACAACCUCCUCGGACUUCGCACUGGAAAUCAGGAAACAUUUUAAACAACCAACUUAAAGCAAAGGACACUCAAGUAAGGCUGUAACUCUGGGCUUAGUAUAAUUAGCGACGGACUGAAUGUAGCCACAUUUAUAAUUGGAUGUAUGUAACUGUGACGGUUAUUGUGU